AUGAUACAGGUUCCACUGAUGAAGGAUGCGGUCCCGACCACGGCAACAUAUCGUGUGGUCCUACAGAAUGCUGCUCUUCGGCAGGACUGUCUCUGGGAGUUCGGGCCAGCUUGUGAUGCCAACAAAGUUCCCGCCGGAACCAACACCUCCACACUGACCAGAGCCACUCUUGGUGAUAUUCUGGUGGUCGGAGCGGGUCUAUACCACUGCGAGAAUGAUGGCGACGUUACCUUGACGUAUGACGAUGGCCCCGACGAAUACACCGCCGAUCUCCCGGAUCUGCUGGCAAAGUACAACGCGAGUGCUACGUUCUUCAUCACCGGUGUCAACAACGCCAAGGGCCAGAUUGACGACACCAGCAUUGCAUGGCCGGGUAUCAUCAAGCGCAUGCAUGCCGAGAACCACCAGAUCGCCUCACACACAUGGUCACACGCCAACCUGAGCGCCGUGACCUCAGCCCGUAGAAGGGACGAGAUGCACAAGAACGAAAUGGCCUUCCGCAACAUCCUCUGCCCCAUACCGACCUACAUGCGUCCGCCCUACUCGUCCUGCACGACCGACAGCGGCUGCGAGGCCGACAUGGCCGAGCUGCGCUACCACGUGACAUACUUCGACCUGGACACCGCCGACUACCUGAACCCCAGCCCGAGCCAGAUCCAGAACGCCAAGACCAACUUCGACGCCUUCUUCGAGGGCAAGUCGCCGGUUGCGGACAACGCCCUGGUCAUUGGCCACGACAUCAUCGAGCAGACUGUCCAUAAUCUGACUGAGUACAUGCUGCUGGGGAUCCAGAGUCGCGGCUACCGCGCUGUCACUGUGGGCGAGUGUCUCGGCGAUGCGGCUGAGAACUGGUACAGGCAGGGCGAUGCUGGCGUGGUUCCCUCUGCCACCGCCACGCCUUGA